GAAACAAAAAAACCACCACAAUGCAAAGCGAAGCUAGGAAGCACGAAGCUAAGCUUACCAAAAACUUCCCCCCGAAACCGCGCACCCAACGGCCUGACGACACGCCGUACACCCUAACUCGGUAUCGGACAGACUAUUGGCGUUGCUUUUUAUCUCUCUCUCUGCGCUUCGGAACUGUAUAUCAAGACAACUCUCUCACACUUUACAACACACCCACGACAAUCGGAACUUUGCUUGCAUUGCGGUCAUGGAUGGUUGGCAGGAUGGGGUUUCCCUGCCAUUGUGCUUGUACUAUAGGAAUUCAUGAGGCCGCGAUAGGAAUGGCCGCUUGCAAUCAUGAUGAAAUUCUAAUACCCAUCCCGUUCCCAGCAGCUUCCCACGCCGUGAUUCCCUGCUACUUGGCUGUUGCGCUGUUCUGCUUACCGACUACGGACUACACCCCAGGAGCGGGGAGUACCCGGACGCGGAAACACGUUACCGAGCAUGCCGUCGCCAAUUGGGACGGAGAAUGGACAACAGAACAUUGCGUCCGAGACGCGGACACAGACUAGCCUGGUAGCUGUUUCCGAGAAGUCUUGAGCGGCUCGAAGCGAAGGGCCAAACUCCGACAAAAAUAUUUGACGGCCACAACAUGUUCCCGAGGGAUACCAGGGUUUUGCUUUUCACUGUUAUUUUAAUAUGUCAGUCCAUGAACGUUGAGUACAGGAGUGCGGGCCUAAGACUUCCGCGCCCAUCCGACGAGUCGGCAGCAGCGGCAGUAGUAUUAGAGCAUGGAAGGUUUCGUAGGAUACCCGUCAGUCCAGUGUCCAGGUGUGUCUUGGAAGGCUCAGAAUUCAUAA